AUGGAUAAUCCUAUUCAAGAGAUUCUGGAGAAGCAGCUUCUGACGGUGGCGAAAGCAAUGGAAGAUAAGCUUGACGAGGAGAUCGCGUCCCUGGAAAAGCCCGACGAGGACGAUCUGGAGGUGCUGAGGGAGAGAAGGUUGCAGCAGAUGAAGAAAAUGGCUGAGAAAAGGAAACGUUGGAUGAGCCAGGGACACGGCGAAUACUCCGAGAUACCCUCCGAGAAGGACUUCUUCGCCGCCGUCAAGGCCAGCGAACGCGUCGUCUGCCACUUCUACCGCGAGAAUUGGCCUUGUAAAGUGAUGGAUAAGCACAUGAGUAUAUUGGCAAAGCAGCACAUUGAGACACGUUUUGUGAAGAUCCAAGCUGAGAAAAGUCCAUUCUUGGCUGAGAGGCUCAAGAUUGUUGUUCUUCCCACUCUUGCCCUCAUAAAGAACACUAAAGUGGAUGAUUAUGUGGUUGGGUUCAAUGAGCUGGGAGGGAAAGACGAUUUCAGCACAGAGGAUCUGGAAGAGAGAUUAGCUAGAGCUCAAGUGAUCCACUACGAGGGAGAGUCAUCUCUUAAACCGAAAUCUACAACACAAACCAGGAGGAGCGUGAGGCAGAGUGCUGCUUCAGAUUCUGACUCUGAAUAA